CGGCGGGUCAUCUGCCCAGAGGCAGAGGAGACACUCGGGUUCGGAAUGACGAUCCGAAUCUGUCCCCUGAGGCCUGGAGCCCUGCAUCACUGGAUGCGCAGCUUGUUGUGUCAAUGGUUUUCUCUUGAUGCGGCUCUGUUGACAUUUCUGUUGCUAGGGAUACAACGCGGGCUCCAGGGAUGCUAUUGCGGUACGGAGUGCCUACAGACACUUCGCUAUCCUCGAGUAGCGCCUCGGUCACCUCGACUGGUCUGGCGGUGUGUGAUGUGAUGUGCGCGCUGGGGAAGGAGAAUCUGGAGGAACUCUGUGUCUUACUACCAGAC